UGCUGGCUUCCAUCACGUGCUACCGUAGAUUUACGGACAAAAAAUCCAUGGCAAAGGUGGAAAGAAGGAGAAUUAAGUUCGUCAACCGAGCAGGCAAACGACAAAGGGAUACUCUGUCAAAGGCUGAAACAUUAACAGCAGGCCAAUUGCAGAAAGCUGCCGAGUUGAAGGAGGACCAAAGUAUUCUUUUGCAUAUAAAAGACAAAGACUGUGUGGCUCUGGAGGUGCAGUACCACAAAGGCUGUUAUAAUCAGUACACCCGGUUUUUGACGAGGCCUGAAAAACCAGAGAAAGACCAACAGGAUAUGUUGAAGAAGAGGCUGGCUCGUGAUUUCCCCCAGCUGGUAUUUCACAUCCCCACCAAGCGCAACAUCUGCGAGCUGGUUUUUGCAGAGACCCUGUCAACCAUUGACAUUACCAAGGUGUCAUCAGCUCUCGGAACCAGUGUGUGUUCAGCCUUGAUCGGAAUUCACACAUUCUCUGGGUGUGACUCCACAAGUGCCUUUUAUGGCAAAGGGAAAAAAAAGAAAUUUUCUGUUGCAUGUGAGAAAGGUGAGUACCUAAAGGCUUUUAAAAGUUUAGGUACUCACGGUGGCUCAGUGGUUCGCACUGUCGCCUCGCAGCAAGAAGGCCCUGGGUUCGAAUCCCGGUCGUUCCAGGUCCUUUCUGUGUGGAGUUUGCAUGUUCUCCUCGUGUCUGCGUGGGUUUACUCCGGGUCCUCCGGUUUCCCCCACCAUCAUAAAGACAUGCACGCAGCCUCACCCCGGUUCGUAUGGAUGUGAAUGAAUGUUGGUGGUGGUCGGAGGGGCCGUAGGCGCUGAUUGGCUGCCACGCUUCCGUCAGUCUGCCCCAGGGCAGCUGUGGCUACUGAUGUAGCUCCACCACCGGUAUGCCUGUGUGUGUGUAUGACUACUGGACUCUGGACUGUAAAGCGUCUUUGAGUGACUUGAGAAGCGCUAUAUAAAAUAAAUGAUUAUUAUUAUUAUUAUUACUUGGAGCAGUCAACAUUUGCACUUCUUUGCCAGUAUGUGUGCCACUUAUAUGAUCAGCCAGCUGCCGAUAAUGUAAAUGAAGCUAGGUACAAGGCUUUCUGGAUGGCAUCAUCAGCCUUGCCAGAAAUAUGCAUUCCCCCAACUACUGAUGCCCUCCAACAGCACUGCAAAAGGGCAAACUACCAGGCUGCAAUAAUGAGGUCCUGUCGCAAACAAAAAAUAAGUGCUCCAUCACCUGCUGGAUAUAGUUGGCAAAUAGAGGAUGGGACCUUGCACAUCACCUGGAUGACCAGAAAUCCGGCCCCUGACAGUGUUUUGCAUGUCAUACACUGCAGCUGCAAAGGUGCCUGUGAGACAGGAAGAUGUUCCUGUUUUUCUGCAGGAUUGUGUUGCACAGACUUCUGUCGUUGCUGUAAUUGUGCCAACACCAGACACCGAGCAACUGGAAGACAACUGUCCUGACACUGACAGUGAGGACUGAGCGUCCUUCAUAUGUUAUUUCUUUUGUAGUUUUGUACAGUUUUAUAUAUGUCAUAUUUUUCAUAAAGAUUGUUUCUUUUGUUCA